AUGACUGUGCCAUAUGCUGAUCCUAGACCGCCUUACCAUAGAAAACAAGCUUUUGAUCUUGGUGAUGCCGGCUUUGGAGUUACAGCCAAUCCUUUGGGUUUAGGAUGUGACUGUUUGGGCUUAAUCAAGUACUUCGAUGGCGUUUUGACUGAUGGAAGUGGAUCGCUAAUUAAGCUUCCAAAUGUAGUAUGUAUGCAUGAAGUUGAUAAUGGUAUCCAGUGGAAACACACAAAUUUUAGACAUCCAAGGAUAUCCUCAGUUAUUAGAAAACGUGAGUUGAUCAUACAAACUGUUGCUACUGUUGCAAAUUACGAAUAUAUUAUUAUGUACGUAUUUGAUCAGGCAGCAAACAUAAGAAUCGAUAUUCGUGCAACAGGUAUCUUAUCAACUGUUCCUUCCAAUGAUGGCGUAAUUCUUCCAUAUGCAACUAGGUUGGGCAAAGUUGUUCAAGCACCAUACCAUCAACAUGUUUUUUCGCUCAGGGUUGAUCCUGCUAUUGGAGACUACAAGAAAAAUAGUAUCGUUUAUGAAGACGUUGUUCCCACAGUUCCUGAGGAUAAUAUCAAAGAUGAUUUUUGCAAUAGUUUUGUAGUCAAACAAACUACCGUUACAAAAUCUGGCUCGUUCGAUUACGACGUUGAAAAAGGUAGGUACUUCAAAAUGAUCAACCCGAACAUUAUAAACAAGGUUACUAAAAAGCCAAUCGGUUAUCGGUCGUAA